AUGCUGCGAGAAUGCAAGCUUUUAGUGUGGGAUGAAAGUACAAUGUCUCACAAGAAGGCUAUAGAAGCUUUAAACCGGACCCUCCAGGACUUGCGAGAUAGUACAGAUAUAAUGGGAGGCAUAGUAGUUUUAUUGGCUGGUGAUUUCCGUCAAACCCUCCCAGUGAUUCAAAGGGGGACACCAGCAGAUGAAAUUCAAGCGUGCAUUAAAUCAUCAAGCUUAUGGCCGACAAUUGAAAAACUCCGCCUGAAAACGAAUAUGAGAGUGCAUCUUCAUAAUGACGUGGAUUCAGGACUUUACGCAGAAAUGUUGUUGAAAAUUGAUGAUGGUUGUUUAGACGUUGACGCUGAAGGCUACAUAUCACUAUCAAGAGAAUUUUGUAAUUUAGUAGAAAGUUAUGUGGAUCUCAUUGCUAAUGUUUUUCCGGAAUUGCAACAAAACUUGUGUAGUGAUCAUGAUCAGUGGUUGAGUGCAAGAGCAAUAUUAGCACCAAAAAAUGAAAUUGUAAAUAGGAUCAACACUGUCAUUUUAAACGAGGUUCAAGGAGAAAUGAAGGAAUAUUUGUCAAUGGAUACAAUUAUGGAUACGAAACUAAGUACUUCAUGUCCUGUGGAGUUUUUAAAUUCACUUGAACUAUCGGGUGUACCGUCACAUAAACUUCAAUUGAAACUAAAUGUACCAGUAAUGCUUAUGCGAAAUCUAGAUGCUCCUCGGCUAUGUAAUGGAACAAAGCUUCGGAUAACAAAAUUGGGACAGAAUAUACUUGGUGCUACUAUUUUAACAGGUCCCACUGACCUUCCAUUCCAAUUUAAAAGGGUUCAGUUUCCCGUCAAGCUUAGCUUUGCUGUUACUAUAAACAAGGCACAAGGACAAACAUUACAGGUAGCAGGAGGGCAUUUUUAG